AUGAUGUGCGGUGCUGGACGUGACGGCAAGGUGCGUCCGUCACGCAGCGUCAAGCACCGCCGGUCCGUCACAGCCACACUCGGCCUGGAACCCAUCAAGACUCAUCGCCCACCCCCUCCUCCAACAGCACCCUACAGCGCAGAGGAGAGUGCCAACUUGUCCACGUUUUUCGACGUCGGUGGUAUUGCUGGAGGAAUCUUGGCUGGGGUCCUGAGUGAUAAGACUGGCAUGUCGGCAUCCACCUGCAUUGUCAUGCUUAUUAUUGCGAUUCCUAUGAUGUUUGUCUAUCAAGCGUUUUGUGCAGUUUCUCUCGGGUUGAACAUAUUCCUGCUGCUCGUUGUUGGACUUCUUGUGAAUGGCCCAUACGCUUUAAUCACUACAGCUGUUUCGGCUGACCUUGGCACACAUGAAUGUCUAAAAGGAAAUGCAAAGGCCUUAGCUACUGUCACGGCUAUUAUUGAUGGCACUGGAUCUAUAGGUGCUGCUGUUGGACCAAUGAUUGCUGGUCCGAUCUCGGCAGCAGGCUGGGACAACGUCUUCUACAUGCUCAUGUUCUCCGAUCUCUUUGCUCUCAUACUUCUCCUCCGUUUGGGAAUGCACGAGUUGAAUAACUGGUGGAUGGAGCGACGCAGGAGGAAUAACACACUGCUUGCCUCUAUUUAAGUCUCAUUGGAUUUAGCAUUUAGGGGUGUAUUAGCCCAGUGUAAUAGGUUGUUAAAUAAGGUACCUUGUUUUCACAAAUUUCAGCGACUUGCACCAUGGUGUAUAAUUCAGAUAGUCAUGGAGACUGUUAAUGCAUUCUUUUUUUUUUCUUUUUCUUUAUAGGUGUGAUCACAAUUUCUGUCAUCCUAUACACACCUAAAAGAUUUUCAGAAAAAAAAAAAAAAAAUCCAAGUACUAUUAUUUACGAGAAGACAGAAUAUCUUGGAAAGCCUCGCAAGUCCAUUAAUAUCUCUCAGAAACCGUAUGAAUCCAGGAAGAAAAAACUCAAAUUCUGCAUUAUGCAAUUUUGAUCUUUUUGGAUGAUAAAUUCUUCACAUCAAAAAACUGUCUUGGAUCUCAUAUGUCAUACUGGCGGCAGUGAGAUCGUCACAUCAGUGAAGGGAGUAUUCAUUCCGUAAUGAUUCAUUUCCAAAGAAUGAUAAGUCAUUUGUAAUGUAUGAUUUAAAACAAGAUGUUAGAAUAGUUAAUUAUGCUAAAUUCACAUUAUAUUAGGCUGCAUCAUGUUUUAUAUAUAAAUUAAUGCAUCGUAUUCAUCUUCAUUAAAACAUACUCAUUUGAGUACAGUUUAUAUAGACCUCAACUGCCAUUGUCAUUGUCAUCAUCAUUGCUAUUCUCGGUUACUUUGUAUUAAUUAGCUUAAUAAAGUAUGGAUGAUUUUUUCUUCCGUUCAACAUUUACUUUUAUUCAUCACUUUAAGUAAUGAAUGGAAGCCUAUUUAUAUUUGUAUAUAUUAUAGAGAUUAAAUAUUUUUAAUAAAAGUGUACCUCACUUA